AGACUUGUAGUCCAGCGAGGGAAGGGAGUUGCUGAGCUCUGCCAGGAUGGGGACGAGAUGCCUGCUCCCCUCGUUGCUGUGCCUCUCGCUCGCACAGCUAGGGCCUGGCGAUGGAGCCAUUGUAUGGUCUGUCCCUGAAGUGGUUUCAUUAGAAAAUGGAAGUUCAACAAACAUCACUAUAUCUCUGAGGGCUCCAUUAAAUGAAACAUUGUUGAUAACUUUUAAUAUUACAUAUUCAUCAAAACAUAGAACCAUUGUUGAACUACCUAAUGAAAUAAAAUUGCCUGCAGGUCUCACUAAGGUAGACUUUCGAGUGAAAGCAGAUGAUGUUGGGCAAGUUACAGUGUAUCUUCAUACCAGUAAUUCCAACUUAACUGGAUCAAGGAUUCAAUUUCAAGUGAUUCACAGCAUCAUAGUGAAAUAUGCUGAUGAGGUGAUUGGCUGGAUCUAUUUCCUUGCGUGGUCUAUCUCCUUCUAUCCUCAACUCUUUGAGAACUGGCGACGGAAAAGUGUUGUUGGAUUAAGCUUUGACUUUAUUGCAUUAAACCUUACUGGCUUCAUAGCAUACAGUGUAUUUAAUGUUGGACUCUUCUGGAUUCCCUUAAUCAAGGAGGAAUUCUUGCUGACUUAUCCCAAUGGAGUAAAUCCUGUGGCUAUCAAUGAUGUUUUCUUCAGUCUCCAUGCAGUAGCUCUCACUCUUCUUAUAAUAAUUCAGUGCUGCAUCUAUGAGAGAGCAAGUCAGAAAGUAUCCAAAGUUGUUGUUGGACUAUUGGCACUUGCAUGGAUUUUUACAUUUACAACACUGUUUCUUGCUGCAGCUGAGGAAAUGACAUGGCUACAAUUCUUAUUUUGCUUCUCUUACAUUAAGUUAGCAGUCACAUUGAUAAAAUAUUUUCCACAGGCAUACAUGAACUUCUGUCGGAAGAGCACUGAGGGAUGGAGUAUUGGAAAUGUAUUACUAGACUUCACUGGUGGAAGCUUCAGCCUCCUGCAGAUGUUUCUGCAGUCUUACAACAAUGGAGACGGGGGUAUGAACCUUGUGAAUAACAUCUCCUACCAAGAUAAAAACUUUAUAUGGGACUUGCCUCCAUCCUGGCUAAGGGAUUUCAAGAUGUCUCUUAACCAGCUGCCAGUAACACCAGUUCUGAGCUCUAUUUACUGACAACCUUUCUGGUACAGCAUACAAGCUCUUGCCUUACCAAAUGCUGAUUGCCAAAUGCCUUAAAGGAUACCAAGCUAUCUAGCCACUUACGGAUGGAAGAGACUCUCAUACGUGUUGAAGCUGCAAAUCCAGCUUGGCUUGCGCUGUUGAAGCAAUAUGUGGCUCUCCUUCCACCAGCCACAGGAAGGAGAAAGAUCAGGCUCACAUCUUUCUGAUUGUGCUUCACUUCCAAAGAGCCAGAGUUCUGGCUUCCAGAAAUCUGAGAUCAUGUUUAAUCCACCACUUAAAUUGUUAAUGUAGUGACAAAGGAAGUAGAUCCAUGGAUCUAACUGCUGCUGCUGGCUCCUCGCAGACCAAAUCACUGCUCAUGUUGGGUGGUAACAGCAGUAACAGUACAUGAAAAGGAUACUGGAGGAAAAUAAAAAUAUCCAUGUUAGAAGCUGAACUCAAAAGAAGGCUACUGAGAAGAAACAGCAACUAUAUUCCAAUUUCACUGAAAGCUCUUUCAGAUGUGCUAAGAUCAGUGCUCAGAUACAUUUAUCUGAAUACUUCUAGUGCACUAAAUUAACUUUGCUUGGUUCUGUUGACAUGCCUGGAGUCAUAUACUGUGGAUGGUAAAGAAUAAAGAUUGUCAAAGGGAUUAUUUCAAAGUGAUCAUGUUAA